CAUGGCCACGUGCCUGAAAAUAAUAGACAACACAGUCAAUAUACCUGCUAAUGUAAUACGGACACAGCGUAAUUAGAAAUCAGCACUGUCCAUCAUGCAUAAACAAAAGAGAGAAAGACAGAGAGCAAGCAAACAAGUGCAAAUUCUCACAUAUGUCUCAACCAAAUCAAAUUCAACAGACAAUGCAGAGUACAUUCCAAGUAACACAGGGCAAAGAAAAUCAUCAGUCUGUCAAAAGAACACUUUAUAAAUAAUUUAUACACAGAUGUCCCCAUACUUAAUCUUCACAUAGAUGCAGAUAACCAAAAGUACAAUAAACAUGUUUUGUCUUUACUUUCAAACAAUCUCCCUUAUAUAAGAAAAAGGUGAGUAUUUUCCCCAGGAGCUAUUCUUCCAGAGGACUGGAGGAGAGCAACCCAUGUGCCCUUAUUAUAAACAAACAGAGACAAGAACGAAAGUUUCUUGGGCUGCGGUACAGUAUUUUAGAUCAUUAGAUCUUACAUUGGUAGCUGGAAAGCUGAUUGAAAUGGUAACUAAAAUACAAAAUAACAAUAUGCCUGCAAAAAUAUACCAUCUAAUCAGCACAUUCCUACCAUGAAAUGAAAGCUUUUUUCCCCCCCCACACACUUUGGGACUACAAUGUCAAAUUAACACAUAUAAGAAAACCAAAAUAUCCCAUAUCUUAAUGCCAACCAAUGAUCAAGCACUGACUGAUGCCCAGAUCUAUCACUUCCAUUUUUCAAGGCACAGUUAAUGUCCAAUUCUUUCAGCAGAAGUAAUAGCUUAAGUAGAUCCCAUCUCCUCUCCCUCACUCCUACUCUGGUACCUUCCUUCCAGUUGCUCAGUUACAGUUGUGAAAGUACGCAUGAACCAAAUCUAACAACUCACCCAAGCUACACAGGAUCCUACCCAAAAAAGAUUAUUUUAACCCAGAUAAGUUUCCUGACAGUUCGUCCAGAGCCCCCCAACCAGCUACACCAGCCAGCUGGAGGGACAGCACAAGAGAACAGCCAGAACUGGGAACUGCAUAAACAGUCACCGACACCAAAAAAAGCAUUUACACAACCAAAACAUUUACACAACUGAGCUAAAAAUAAGAGGGAUGGUUAUUACACGUCUGCACAGGGAAAGGUUCAAUGCAUUCUUCCUAACUGGUAAUUCAGACUGUGGAUGAGAAAAGAAACUGGGUUAGAAAACCAGUUUAUUUGCUUCAGCGUUGCUGUUUCCUACAUUACCUACAAUCAUAUUCCUCCUCAGACAAAAACCUGAGCAAAACAAAAUCUGCAAAAAAGACACAUCUCUUCAGGAUGACUUUGAUGAGGUGCCUUCUCUGGAUGCAAAUGCCUUCCAGAAAUGCUAUGCUGGAGAGUCAACACUAUCCUCUACUGACAUCAACAACUGAUCGGUAUCGUGCAGAGUAUGUAAAACACUGCCUUCUCACAGUGACGGUGAAGGAUUGGUUUUAAAGAUUUUUUUUUAAUUAUUUUUAUUAAUUAUUAUAAACUGUACCCUUUUUCCUUGCUUUAAUAAUGUAAUGUUCCUUCCAUUCAUGAACUCUGAAGAAGGCAUAGCUCUCUCAUACGAAUAUAUUUGAAUAUAUUUAUGUUUUCUAUUUCCCAUGAGAGACAAAAACUAUCAGUUACCAAGCAAAAGUACAGCAGAUGUCUGCAGUGUCUGGUGUAAGUGGGCCUCGUGCACUGGCGAAAGAGCAGCAAUGGUGCGAAGCCCUCCCAGCACAGUCCCAUCAUAACCCACAGUUCAGAUACAGGUCACCUAGCUGAGGUGGUUCUAACAGCAAGCCUGGCACUACUUUUAUUAAUGAAGCUUAUGUGGUCUUUAAAAAAGGCUGAAUACAUUAUGAGUGUGCAGCAAAUAAAUACAUGGCCUCUAAAUUUUAAAAAUAUCAUGGUAAUCCAGGAAUAUUUUAAAUGGCAAAAGCAAUGCUUCCCAGAUUAACAGUGAGAACUUCCUUCACACUCAAAACAGGAGAAAGUCCAAGCCAACACAAUGUGCAUGAAAGUCAAUGUGAGCCAGAUGAAGUAUCAAAACAGGCAAGAAGAGAAAAGCUUGAAUAAAAGGAGAUUGCCCUUGGAUGAUGGGCCCCAGGAAAGUAGACGUACUGGGUAAUCAACUCCCAACUCAUUAUGGGAAUGAGUCAAAAACAAAAGAUGCAAGAAAAGCUACUCCAACUAAGUUACUCUGUAGGGUGCUCAGAAGUUGAUGACUGGCUUUUGGAAAGCCGUGGCUGUGAAUAUAAGGGCAGGCAUGGGUAAGGACUCGGUCCAGAGAGGCUGCUCCUCCAACAGGAAAACUUCACAGCUUCAGCCAUUCCUCUGAAUCACUCAAAGCUAAAUUCAGAGUCAAAAAGAGCACAACCCACAACUGAUGACCUGACAUUUCUAGGUGACUCCUUCUUCAAAGGCAACAGCAGGAUGGGCAGGUACUGUACCCAAGUUGGGUUUGACAUCAGCAGCUCCAGCAGCGCGGGUUGGCAAUCUUAGAGACCAGGACAGAACAAUUACUGACCUGAUGCCUUAGGAUGGCACCAAGAUGACCCGACUUUCAGGUAAACCAAAAAUGAACUCUAUCAAAUAAUCUCAUCCAUAAAUCAAUCUUUCUGUUUUGGAAGGACAGUGUAAACAGACACCUGCUUAAUGUUGUGAAAUUUCAAGGCCUAUUUCUCCCCUUCUCUACAAAAAAAAAAAAAAAGCCAAACAACGAUCCCAAAUAAGGAAAAUGUACUUAACAUUUCACUGUAAUGGAAGAGGGGAAGAUACCAAAGCUUUGUGCCCAAGCUAGUAGAUUUUAAGAGGCAUAUGCAGACAUGGACACGCAAAAUUGUUGAGAAAAUUUAUAAUAACUACUUUCAAUAUUUGAUAAACCCUUUAAUAAAAUCUUCGCUUCGAUGGAAUCUGUCAGAAACUCAAAAUGCUUUUAAGUAAUAUAGUAAGGUAAAUACCAAAUAUUUUAUCAAAACAUGAACUUGAAAACUACAUAACUUAAAUGGUUCAGUGUGUUUUGUCUGUUGCACCAACUUUGAACUUUUUCUUCCCCCCAAACAACAAAACAAACUGAAACCACAAAACCAAAACAAGUACCAAUAUACUUUAGGAUACGUUUAAAUCACUGUCAUUUAAGUAAUCCCAACAUCUUAGAUAAUUGUGAAGCAAUUGGAGACAGAACCAAGCCCACUAACUUAGGGCUCCUAAAAACCAGCAACUUAAACCCAGUAAACGUACAAACACCGUACACAGCUGACAGCAGAUAGAGGAGGUAUCAACUGUUGAUGUCAAUACAAGGCACUGUGGACUCCCCAGCACUGCAUUCACGGGAGGUAUUUGCAUCCAGAAAAGGCACCUCCUUGAACCCUCUCCACUAGGAUAAAUGCAAACUAGUGAAACGGACACAGCAUGGUUCAUGCAGACUCCUGAUCAAAACAUGCAGCUGCACAAAAAAAGACAGUUGAAAAAAAAAAAAGGCAAAACAAUCCUGCACACAAAAUCCCAACCCGUGGCUCCUGACCUCAGCCCUAAUCUUGCUACCUCCUCACAAGCGUCACUCCCACCCUUCCCUUUAUCUGCCAGCACACAGGUCUGUGCUCACCCCUGCUCACAGCCCGGAUGUGGCCCAAACCAGACUCAAGUGCUCAUUUUGGUAUAAACAAACUACUCUGGCAGGGUCUGAGGGGAGCAUGGGAUCUAGAAUGUGGUUUGAGGAGCCGUCCCGGCUGGAAAAAGGGCGCUAUGCGUGCUCCACUGCAAAACACUCUUCCCACCUUGACUCUGUCUUUGGGGCUUUGCGACCUCUGCUUGGGGAAAAAACCUGAGACCGGUUGGAUUUUCCCCAUCUUACAGCACCUCGCAGGUCUCUUCUCUGAGCAGUACGUUGCCUGAGUGAGUGGAAACAUACAGAUCAGCUGCAGGUUUCUGUCUACAAAAACAGAGUGAAAGAGAAAGAAAAGGGUUGGGAAAGCAGAGACAAAUAUUGACCUGGACUUCUAGAAAGACAUCCAAUGGCUGAAUAAAGAGCCCCUGUUCAUGUUUUGGGAUAUUCUUUCAACUGGCUGGAACAAGAGCGGAUCAAAAGAAUGGGAAAUGCCAGCAGACCCUUUAGAAGAAUUGCUUAUUUCUUAUGCCUUUUAUCUGUGCUUUUGCUGACUGAAGGGAAGAAACCAGUGAAGCCAAAAUGUCCUGCCUGGUGUACUUGUACCAAAGAUAAUGCUUUAUGUGAAAAUGCCAGAUCUAUUCCUCGCAGCGUUCCGCCUGAUGUUAUCUCACUAUCCUUUGUGAGAUCUGCUUUUACUAAAAUCCCAGAAGGGAGUUUUUUGCUCACACCAUCUCUGCAGCUUCUGUUGUUUACAUCCAACACUUUUGAUGUUAUUAGUGAUGAUGCUUUCAUGGGCCUUCCUCAUCUAGAAUAUUUGUUCAUAGAGAACAACAGCAUUAAGUCAAUUUCAAGAAAUACUUUCAGAGGACUGAAAUCUUUAAUUCACCUGAGUCUCGCAAAUAAUAAUCUCCAAUCGCUUCCGAAAGACAUAUUCAAAGGCCUGGAUUCUUUAACAAAUGUAGAUCUUAGAGGCAAUGCAUUUAAUUGUGACUGCAAACUGAAGUGGUUAGUGGAAUGGCUGGGCAGCACCAAUGCAACAGUGGAAGACAUUUACUGUGAAAGCCCACCAGAAUAUAAGAAGCGCAAAAUCAAUAGCCUCUCUCCGAAAGAAUUUGAUUGCAUUAUUACAGAAUUUGAAGUUUAUCAGUCCCUGCCAUACCAGUCUCUGUCAGUAGAUACUUUCUCAUAUAUGAAUGAUGAACACGUGGUUAUUGCUCAGCCUUUUACUGGAAAAUGCAUCUUUCUUGAAUGGGACCACGUAGAAGUGAUGUUCAGGAAUUAUGACAACAUUACAGGUACUUCAACUGUUGUGUGUAAACCUAUAGUUAUUGAGAGUCAGCUGUACGUCAUUGUUGCGCAGCUGUUUGGAGGCUCCCACAUAUAUAAAAGAGAUAUUUUUGCUAAUAAGUUUAUAAAAAUUCAAGAUAUUGAGAUCCUUAAAAUCCGAAAACCCAAUGACAUCGAAACUUUCAGGAUUGCUGAAGACUGGUAUUUUGUUGUUGCGGACAGUUCAAAAGCUGGUUUCACCACAGUUUACAAAUGGAAUGGGAAUGGAUUUUAUUCCCAUCAGUCUCUGCACGCCUGGUACAGAGAUACUGAUGUCGAGUAUCUUGAAAUAUCCGGCAAACCACAUUUAAUUCUGUCAAGUAGUUCCCAAAGACCUGUAAUAUAUCAAUGGAACAAAGGAACAAAUGAAUUUGUUAAGCGUUUUGAUAUCCAAGAUAUGGAAGAUGCAUAUGCAGUGAAACAUUUCAAAGUGAAAGAGGAUGUAUACAUUUGCUUAACAAGAUUUAUUGGGGACUCUAAAGUAAUGAAAUGGGGUGGUUCAGCAUUUCUGGAUUUACAAAGGAUGCCAUCCCGAGGGUCAAUGGUAUUCCAACCGCUUCAGAUAAGUAAUUAUCAAUAUGCCAUUCUUGGAAGUGAUUAUUCUUUCACUCAAGUCUAUUAUUGGGAUGCUGAAAAGGCAAAAUUUGUGAAGUUUCAAGAAUUAAACGUACAGGCACCAAGAUCUUUCAUACAUGUCUCCAUCGAUAAACGAGAUUUUCUCUUUGCUUCAAGUUUUAAGGGAACUACAUUGAUUUAUAAACAUGUCAUAGUUGACUUAAGCGCAUGACACUCAUAAUUCUGAGAUUACAUCAGACUUUCUACCGUAAGUGGACAAAAUGAACUAAAUGCAUGAUGACUCUCUUAUCUUACUUCCAAAUGAAUGCCUUUAAAAGUUGAGAUUGCUAGAACAAAGUAUUACUAGUAUCUUCAUCUUUAAUUGUCAA